CAAAUCGUCAUUCGUCAGUAGUCACUGUCAGCCCUCCUUGUACCAUGGCGGCUGUAUUUGUUUCUAAUAGAAGAUUUGAUAAAAUAACGCAAAAAUAUGUUAAAUUAGCCACAUCAAUUACAAAUACCUCAGUAAUUUUAAAUAAGCCACAAUUAAAUAUAAUUUGUAGACAAUGUGCGGUCACAAGUUACUACAGGUAUUAUUCUUCAUCACCGCCGAGCAAAGCCGGUGGGACGGACGCAGCAAAAAAUGUUUUGGCGGCAGUUUUGGCUAACAAACCAAAGACGGGCAAAAUCCCAGUUGGCAUCCAAAAGCGAGACUGCUUUCAUCCAGGUGCGUCUGUUCUAUCUCGAGAAGAUAUCAAUCUGGGAGAUGCCAAGCCGGUGACGGGGAUGGACAUGGUUAGGGGCAUGUUGGAAUAUGUGUGGCCCAAGGAUAACACAAUGAUCAGAAACCGCGUGAUGUUGUCCCUAUCCCUCCUGUUUGGUGCUAAGGUGAUGAAUGUCACUGUGCCCUUCUUCUUCAAGUAUGCAGUGGAUGAGGUCAAUAACCUCACAACUACUCCGACGGGAGAUGCUUUAUUAGGAAUGGCCACAGUGCCCCAGGCGUUGGGAACAACAGCGUUUAGUUUGUUGGUUGGAUACGGCAUCGCCCGCGCGUCCGCCGCCGGGUUCAACGAGCUCCGUAACGCCGUGUUCGCGAGGGUCGCGCAGCACUCCAUACGCAAGCUGGCCUGCAACGUAUUCCUGCAUCUCCACAACCUCGACCUUAGCUUCCACCUCGCCAGGCAGACCGGGGCCUUGUCUAAGACCAUAGACCGCGGCUCCCGUGCUAUAAACUUUGUGUUGUCAGCUAUGGUGUUCAACAUCGUGCCGACCAUAUUUGAAUUAUGUUUGGUGUCGACGAUCCUCGGUCUGAAAGGGGGACUGGCAUUCGCAGGCGUGGCGUUUAGUUGCGUGGGUGUGUACGCGGCCUUCACGUUAGCCAUAACACAGUGGAGAACCAAGUUUAGGGUUCACAUGAAUAAGGCUGAAAACGAAGCGGGGAAUAAGGCGGUGGACUCACUCAUCAACUACGAAACUGUCAAGUACUUCAACAACGAGAAGUACGAGCUGGAGAAGUACGACUCGUCUCUCCGCACGUACGAGACGGCGUCGCUGAAGACCGCCUCCAGCCUGGCGCUGCUGAACUUCGGCCAGCACGCCAUAUUCAGCGCCGGGCUCACUGUCAUCAUGAUAAUGGCGGCACAGGAAAUAGCCAAGGGUAACAUGUCGGUGGGUGACCUGGUGAUGGUGAACGGCCUAGUGUUCCAGCUGUCUGUUCCUCUCGGGUUCCUGGGCUCGGUGUACCGCGAGGUCCGUCAGGCGCUCGUGGACAUGCAGACCAUGUUCACACUCAUGACCGUCCAGUCCAAGGUCAAGGAAAAGAGCCAAGCACCGAAACUGAUCAUCGACAACAAAACAGCGACCAUAGAGUUUAAAGAUGUGAGCUUCAAAUAUGUGAACGGCAAGCCCAUACUGAACAACCUGUCCUUCACCAUACCGGCCGGCAAGAAGAUCGGCAUCGUGGGCGGCUCAGGGAGCGGUAAGUCCACGAUGGUGCGUCUCCUAUUCCGUUUCUUCGAACCUCAGUCUGGACAAAUACUGGUCGCCGGACAAAAUAUUAAGGAUUUGGACCUAGCGAGCUUGAGGAAAGCCAUCGCCAUCGUACCGCAAGACUGUGUGCUGUUCCACGACACCAUCCUCCACAACCUUCACUACGGGGACCUCAACAAGAGUAUGGAGGACGUGUACAAGGCCAGCCAGCUCGCUGAGCUACACGAAUCGGUACAAACGUGGCCGAAGGGUUACGACACUCAAGUGGGCGAGCGUGGCUUGAAGCUGUCUGGUGGAGAGAAACAGAGAGUUGCGAUAGCACGUGCCAUACUCAAGGACAGUCCCAUCAUAGUGUUCGACGAGGCCACCUCGAGUCUAGACUCGCUCACUGAACACGCGAUCCUUCAAGCUCUCAAGGCGGCGACCAUCGGCCGUACGUCGAUCUGCAUCGCCCAUCGUCUGUCAACAGUGGCCGAUGCCGACGAGAUACUUGUACUGGAGAAGGGCAGCGUCUCCGAGAGAGGGAAUCACAACCAGCUCAUACAAAAUAGAAACUCAUUGUACUACAGGCUAUGGGAGAAACAGAAUAGAGAAGCCGUGCCUAGAGUUUAGAACGACCAAUGUUGGAACCAACAUUUGUUCGGUUUGGAUGUUGGCCCAAUAUUGGCCCAAUGUUCGUCCACGUUGGUACAUUCUAUAAAGACAGUCGGUUGUAAUUGUUAUACUAGAAAUGUUUAUAUUAAAAUUUAUAUUGGUUUCAAACCCGCUCGGUCACCUGAUGUGGUCAGACACAUAUUAUUUACAUUGUUAUACCCAAAAAUAUAUUAUACAUAGAUAAUUGUUUGUAAACAUUUAAAUUUUAUUCUUAAACUCGUUUUAUAGUCUAUGGUUUGGACGAUAUUCAUAGAAGCUUGGUCUUUUAUGAUUUAUAACAAAACCUGAAGAAAAUUGUGUAGAAAUAUUCCUUAAACAUGAUUUUGCAAAAUAUAUCUCUAUAAAGGAUUUUUUUGUUCCCCAAACGUUGCGUUUCAGACAUUAUCUAUUUAGUUUACGAGCUUCUAAAUAAAAAACCUCGUCUUGAACCAAAUUUAUUAUAGUCAAUAUCUUCUAAGCGUUUUAUUCCUUCUAUGACUAAACGGUUAUAUGACUUAUAAUUUAAUUUAGGACAAAUUGGACAAAUCGCAUGAUAUAAUCUGUGUACAAACAACAGAGUAUAUUUUAUUGAUCGUCUACAUAACCUCGUUUUAAUUUCAAGUUUCGUAAAAAAUAUAUAAUUUUUAUUUAUGCUAUAAAUUAUAUAAAGUCGUCGGAGUCGUGUACAUAUUUGUAUGUGAACUGUACAUAUACCUACUGUUAAUUAAGAAUAUUAUUUUGUUUUA